UAAUAAUCUAAUAAUCUUAUUUUAAUAAUUCAAUCACUCAGUCAACGAAAAGCACCUUCUAUCUUUCCACGUCUGGUGUGUAACCAUUUUGUGUCCAUUAGUUUAAGGUCUACGAUUGUACCUGUCCCCCUCAGAUGAUGACACCAAGGUGGAUUAAACUAUAAGCAACUAAGCAACUAGUGAUGUUUAAAAAAAAAAAAAAUAAAUAUACAUUUAUAAAAAAUAUUUUCAAACUUCAAAGAACUCAAUCAUUACCUGUUAAUUAAAUCUAACUAUAAAUCAUGAUAAUAAACUAUAUACUAUACGUAUGAUCCAUAGACAUAUUGUAUUAUAUAUCUAUUAUAAUAUAAUUAUAGAUAUUAGUCCGGUCGAUAUAAUAAAAAAUAGGGGGGUAGCUGAAAAGCUUUUUGAAGUUAAUGAAAUUUUAACAGAUUGUCUAGGGGUACUCCAGGAUAUCUAUCCUAAGUUUUCGACCUCGAGGACUUUGUGCUAAAUUCUAGGGAGAGGGUGAAAAAACCUCAAAACGUUCAGAUUUUUGGUAAUAUCUCGUAAACUAAUCAUAUUUUGUAGGUUAUAACAAAGUUGUAGACCAUUAAAUUUGUUAAAAUUUGGUUGGCAAAACUAAUUUUUAGACUAAAAAUUUAUUGAGAUACAGACGAUCUAUGUUAGAUAAAGUUUUUCAAAAUGUAAAACAAUAGCUGAAAAACGAAGGUUUUGAUUCAAUAACUAUUUAAUACCAUCAUUUUCAUGUUAACUAUGUAAAUCACUCAUCAACAUUAACAUCUAGGAACACAUAUGACCCUCCCUCCCUCACCCCUUCCCCUUCAACAAACGUGAAGAUGCCACAUUUUAACGCUUUAGCUUAAUAACCAUAGAUAAUCUUCUCCUUCUUCUUCUUCUGGCUUAAAUGGAUCUUUAUUAUUUGGUAAAUUCUGUCGUUAAAUUAAUUUUUUCAAAUACAAUUUCAAAUGAAGGCGAGUUGUUCCUCUUUGUCAUUUAUUACGUCACUUUGCCGUUCCCCAAAGGCGUUCUAUAGACAUUAUAUGCGCUCCCCUGUAGUUGGGUCCAAAAAAUUAAAAGAAUAAUUUACGGUUUUUUGAUCGUAACCGAACGAUUUCAAUAAUUCAGUAUUAUAGCACACCAACAAUCCGAAUAAAUUGUGGUACCUUCUUGUAUUUUAAUCUUGAUAGCGAGUAUGAAGCAUUAAUUAAAAAUACAUUUUUUGUCUCGCAACAAAUUUCUCCGAAUAUCCAGUGUACGGGAAGUAUCCUCUUUACGUAAUUUUUUCUUUUUAAAAAUAAACAUUCAUCUAUCUCAACAAUUUAACCUGGGCAAUCUAUUUUUCCUUCUGGUUUAUUUUCAAUAACCAUUGCACAUACUUCACGUUAUUGUUUCAGUCUAUAACUGUAUUUUUAUUUAAUUUUAAUUGUUUUUCACAUCAUACAGAAUCCGUCAUUUCACGAGACCAAUCAUACAUAAGUCACAGUCGUAAACGAUAUUCAUGAUUUUGAAAACCAAUUACUAUUACGAAUAUUUACCUUUUUUGGCAUUUUUUUAUGUUACAUUUCCAAAAAAUUUCUUUGCCAAAAAUAUAGAGUUCAGCCAAAUGGUUGUUAGGACACAUUCUAACACUUGACAAAACUCCUUGUUUUUGCAGGAGUAGAAUAGUAUCUUUUUCGAUAGAUAGUAAAUUUAAAAAAAAUCAUGUUAAAUGACACUAAAUAAGACACAGGGCAAUACCAAAACAGCAACUGAUUAAAUGAAUGCCAACUUAGUAAUAAAUUGUACACCACCAAUCGUACAGAUUACGACUGGGGAAUUAACGCGUUUUUCUAAAUUUUACAUCAAAUCCAAUUGUUUAUUUAUUUAUUUAUUUAAUAUGAUACAGAUUCCAAUGCAGGAGUUUCCAUGUUUUUCCAAAUUGUACAUUGAAUUUAUUUUUUAAUCAAACUGUAUUUAUGCGGGACUUGACAUUUAUAUUCAUAGUUGAUUUUAGUUAACCAACCAUAUAUUAGAUAGUCUUCUGAAAUGGAUGUAGGAUGUAGCUAUGCGUAUAAUUUCUCCAGCACCAAAUUGUAUCCAACAUCAUCCCCAUCACCUUCAGAAUUUCAUAAUACACGACACAAUUGCGCAUGCUUAGAAAUCAGUAUUAAACAAUUUAGUGUUAUUUUCAACGUCAUUACGUAUCAUUCGUCAUAAGCCGCCAACUGAUUUCUGGGAAUGCGCAUUUGUGUCGUAUACUAUGCUAUUUUAAAAGAGGUAGAGAUGAUGUUGGAUACAAUUCAAUGUACGCAAGGCUACAUCUAUAGUAUACGAUCUAAGCCUGAAAUAUAUCGGUAAUCGAGAUAACAGGAUUGUGCACAUCACAUUAUUGCUAAAAUCAAAAUAAAAAAUGUAAAAAUGUGUAAUGAAUAUUGUUGUAGAUACCUGUUUAUUUGAGUAUGAGUGAAUAACGUUUUGGAUAAAAUUAGUAAUUUUGGGUUUUAAAACAGGCUGUUUCAUAAUAUGAUUAAUUAAUUCUCCGUCAUCGGAAUCGCUGGACGAUAAAUAAUUCACGAAAGUUAAUAUAUUUUCUUGAUUAUUUAUUGUAUUAAUCAUGCGCAUAAAAUAUUGACUCGUAAACCCAAAUGAGAUAGAAACAAUUAAUUCAAAAUUCAAAAUUACAAUAGUAAAAUUUGCUAUAUUAUCAGUUUUAUCAGGAAAUUAAUAAAGCACACCGUCUACUGGAGCUCGUGAAAUUAUCAAUGCACUGGGUGCAAAAAAGUGGCCGAGUGUAAUGGAGUGAAACAUGAAAAAUAUCAUUCAGUGCGCACCAGUAUUACAGAUGGAACAUACAUUUAUGCACCAGUGCAGUCGGUGCUGUGCGGUGGUUGGUGGAAAACGUUAUAAAUAUAUAGGUGUUUCAAUCUAGCUGGUAAUAAAUAUCACUGCCAGUUGAGUAUUCUCUCCAUGACAUCGCUUUAGACCAAAAUUAAAUUUUUAUUUCAUUCCCUAAACACAAUAUUUAUAAUUAAUAACUGAUGUUAAACACAAUGCGGUGUCAGCCUGCUACAUCCAUAAUCUAUAGUAAAUGAUCUAAGGAUAUAACAACUUACUGACAAGAGUAGAAGAUAACACAGACGAAAUUAUCAUUUGCCGGUGUUUAUGUUUGAGAUCCACGUGCUGCUGUUCUAAUGCAAAUUGUUUAUUGUGCAAUGUGAACUGUGAAGUGCAACUUUUGAGAUUCAACUACCCGUGAGCCGUGACGUUUCGAAAAUGUAUAGACCAAACGAUCCAAAUCUGCUUGUACACAAAAUGAAUGAGUGGCUCGAAAAAUAUAGCGGAACAUUCAUAUCGCCUAAUAAUGAUUUCUACUAUGUAAGUUUAUUUGUAUAAGUUGUAAAAACUAAAAAAAAAAAUGAGGGUUACAAUUUUGAAUAAGUUGGUAAGUAUACAUUUUCGGAAUGUUCUAAGACUGUGAAUUUCAUGAGAGAAACAUGAUUCACUACGAACUUGGUAUAUAAGUAUUUACAUAUUUACAUAUGUAUAGUUUUACUAAAAAACAUAGUUUAUAAUAUUUUUGGUCUUAUUCUAAUUUAGUGACCUAUUGAUAUUUUGGUUUUACUAUGAUGUUCUUUUUUUUUGUGUCUGUAAACAACUUUUUUCUUAGAAAUAUUACUCCAAUUAAAACAUCACAAUAAAGACCUUUUUUUGUUGCAUUUUGACUCUAGUUGGUACUUUAGAAAAGUCAUUUUUUUUUUAAAAUUAUCAUUAAUAUUUAAAAUUAUACUGAAAAACUGGUUCUUUAGGUUAAAGAAUGAUAAAAGAUUGAAAAUAAGUUUGUCAUUAGCAACAGUUUUUAUUUAUUUUUGAUAUUAAGUUUCUAUGAUUUUAAUCUUUUAAUCUUUUUUAAACAAUCGUAUACAUGAUAACGUACAUUAUUAAAAAAUGUUACCAUGGACCAAUUUAUCCUCAGAAUCAUUUUUCGUUAACAAUAAUUAAUUGUUGCUAACAGAUAUUAAUUAAAUUCUGUUCUGUAUCCUACCUUUCCAGCUACCAACCUACAACAGUGGCUACACUCAUCCCCAGUAUUAGCUCUUUUUUUUUUUUGCUUCAAAAUCUUUUACGUGUUUAAUGAUAAUCUUAAAACAAAUAAGUUUUGAAGUUAUAGAGAUAAGACGCCAAAGAACUCUGUUUUUCUAUAAUAUGCAUUGUUUUUAAGAAGAAUGAUUAAAAUUAAAUAUUUUAAAAAUGUUUGAUUUUUAAUGCUUGAUUCAUAGGUAAAAUUAAAACUACUUAUUUAUCAUAAUUACUAUUUUACUGUUUAUUUCUUAACCUGUUGAGUCGCAGUCGUGUUUUAUUGAAACCACCUUUUAAAUAAUGUGAUUUGUAAUUUAAUAUUCUUAGAGUUGUAGUGGUUUUAUGCAAAAGCCAUAAUAUUUUAACUAUUUAUAAGUUUUGAAAAUUUUUUAAAUUUUUUUUUGUAUUUUAAGACAUUAAGAUUUCACGAAAAACAUGUAAUGUUUUAAAAAAAAAUUUUAAGUUACUCAAGGGGCUUUAAUUAAUUACUAUUUUAAAAUUUUUUUGUGCUGAAGUAGUAUAACAUAAUAUUUUCAAUAAAUAAUUGUUGAUUGAUUGAUUUUUUCUAUUUAAUAAAAAUAAUUACCCAGUUGUCAUGGGUUUUAAUAUUAGGUAUAUUUUAAUAGAACAAAUAUUUUUAGAAAUUGGAUAAAAUAUAUAAUGAAUUAUUAUCCAUGAGUAUUAACUACAACACAUUAGACCAUGGUUCAAAUUUAUUAAAAACUUUGAAGACCUUAAACAUCAUAUUACAGCUUUUAAAAAAAAACAAUAAUAUGAAUCCUGUAAGUUGAAUCAAUAUUUAUUAUAUACCUAACAAGUAUUUUUCAUUUAAUAAGUUUACAUUUUCUUUUUAGGUUAAUAAUAACGAUAUUUUUACUUGUUUUAUACAAUUAAGCCGUAUUAGUGCUCAGUUUAAAAGUAUCAUUAUAUCAGGAAUGCUAAUGGAUCAAAUUAAAUUUAGUGUACAUGUAAGGGAUUUAUUUAAAAAAUUUGACAUUCAUAAUGAAAUGGAACAGUAUUUAUGUGAUAUAUAUAAGUCAAAAUUUGAAAUAUUAAAAUCAAAUUAUAAUGAAAGUACAAUGCAUACAGUUAAUGAGAAUUUUGUAAGUUUUGUUAUAGACCUACAUUUAUCAGUUGAACCAAAUUUGUAUAAAUUAAGUUUUAUUUUAUUACUAUUUUCAGACCCUAUUUUUACUAGAUUUUGUGAAACUUCUAUCACAGUUAAAUGAUGAGGUGCCACUGAAUAAUACUAUUGAGCUCCUAUUGGAAGUUGCUGAUGACAAGACUUUGUUGAACAAUUUUCAUUCACAUUGUUUUUUACUUUCUUCAACAACAAAGAUCCGUCUUAUGAAAAAAAUCACAAAGUUUUGUAUUAAAAACAAUUGCAGUUUAAAAAAUUGUGGAUUUAUGAUAUCAAAACAUAAAGAUUUUAAGUAAGAGAUUUACCAAUUUUAUUUUAACACAUAGGUAUUUUAUGUUUGUGCUCUUAACAUUAAAUUUAUUAAAGUAUAAUUUUUAUUAAUUUAUCAAUAAAUAUUUAUAAAAAAAUUAAAACAGAGAAUUUAUAAAGCAAUGCUUUAGUAAUUAUUACAAAAAAAAAAUAAAAAAAAGAACUUAAUAAUAUUGAAUUGAACAAAAGUUAUAUCAGAUAUCAAAUCUUUGUUGUUACACCCUGUAAAUAUAUAUGUAGCAAAUAAAUUACUUAACCUAUUACAGUUCAAAUGUAUUACUGUACCUAAAGCGUUUAAAGACCAGGUUUUUGUUUUAAAUGGAAUCCAUAAUAAAUUAUACCAGAGAAACUAGAUAAAUAUGAAUUGUUAUUAUAACUUAUAGUUUUUAAAAAUAUUUUAUAGUUUUCCCUAAUAAAUCUAUAUUUGGUUUUAUUUACAGGUUCGAAACAUGUAUCAUAAGCUAUUUUAUAUUUCAACAUAUCUGUAAACAUUUAGAACUUCAAAAAAUGCAUCAAACAUCAAAAAUAUUAUCUAUGUUUACCAUUGAUGAUAUAUCUUUAAUUAAUAACUCUCCACUUAAUUCAGAAUUUGAAAAACUGUAUGAAGAGUCAGUUAAACAUAUUACUUUUAAAAAAUGCAAGAAUCUCAAAGUUGUACCUACACACAAAAUUAACAAGUAUGGUUCAUAAUUUUUUAAAUUUUUAUUAAAUAAAAUUAUAGUGAUAAGUAUAUAUUUACUGCAUUUUAUUAAAAAAAAAAAACAGGAUUUCUUUAAAUUUUUAAAUAUGACUUUUAAUAAUAAAAUAUAUUUUUAUUUUUAUGUUUGUUUACUUAAUUCAUAAUUGUAAUUUUAUCAUACAUAUUAAUUGUUUAGUUGCCUGAAAACUUUAAAAAUACUACUUGGUUCAUUGAGCAGCCAAUUUCAAAAUUGUCCAUUUGCUGUAGUACUUUUAUCCAUGCUUUCUGAAUUGGUUAUGGGAACUGAUAUAGAUAAAAACACUGCUGAAUACUUGAUUGAUCUUAUUACUGGUAAGUUUUUAUAAAUAGUAUUAGCUUUUUUAAUAUUCCAAUGUUUAAUAAAUUAUACGUGGGGGGUUUUUUUUUUUACACCAACCAAUAAAUCUAUAAAGAUUAUUUUGAUUUUAGAUCAUUUUUUCUCAUUAUGUAAUUAUUUUGAAUCUUGACUGUAUUAAAUAUUUUACCUCUAUUUUGUUUACAUUCUUUCUCUUCUUCAUUGGUAUUACAACUCAUGAAUAUUUGUCGCCAUCGCCACCUCCUUCCAUUCUUCACAAUGACACAAUUGUUUAUUUUAUAUUCCCAAUUUUGUAUCCUUAAUUUCUCUCAAGUUCUGUCAUAUACCAUUUAUCUUCUGCUUUUUUGGUCAUCUUUGUCUCUCUCCUGUUAGUCUCUAUUCUACAUCUGCUUUUCUUUUAUGUACUUUGAGUUUGAUCACCUCAUCACAUACCCAAACCAUUUGAUUCUUUUUGCUUUUACAAAAUUUAUUAUACUUGGGAAUACUGUCAAUUCACUGAUCUAUUUGUUUUUCUUCUAUGCCAUUUUGUUUACACUAAAAUAAUUAACAUUUUGAAUUCAAAAAUAAUUUUUUUUUAAAAAUUUAAUAUUCUAGUAUUUGAAUUGUCAGACUUUAAUAUUUUGUCAGUUUUAAUAGUUUAAACUCAAAUCAAAAUAAUUUCUGAUUCACGAAAAAAUAAAUACACAUUGUUUAUUAUAUAUUACAUUUUAUUCUUUCAGGUUACUUAGAUUUCUGUAAGCUUCCUUCAAAUUUUUUGGCAAUUUCUUAUGCCUUUAACAUUUACCAAAAAUUGAAACCAGAUCCUGACCUGGAAUUAUUAUCAAAAAAUUUGUGUCGACUUUUAAUAAAAAAUAUGGUUUUACCUAAGACUGAUGAUGAAAUACAUAAUAAAAAUUUAUUAAAAAAGCCCAAAUUAAAUCAAUACUUAAAAGAUGAUUUGGAAAGAGUUUUAAAUACUCAAGAUUGUUGGAUAGAUAAAUCAAUAAUAGGAUCAUAUAUCCUGAUUGAUCUUGAAGUAAGUUUUAUCACAAAAUGUGUGAUUGUUGCUUAAUUAUUAUUUAUUUGUUUUGUAUAUUCAAACUUAUCUAAUAAUAUUCAAUUACAAUUUAAUUAUGCAUUUACAAAAUAUUUUAUAAAGUAAAAAUUCUAAUUAGUAUUUAAGAAUAAAAGCCUGUGAGUAAGAGUGCUUUGUCAUUAGAGUCAAAUUUUCUUGGGGCCUUUAUUUCGCUAAACCUAUAGCAUCAUAUACUCCUAUCCAGAGGUGUGCCAUUACAAUAUUUUAUUUUCAAAGAAUAUAUUUGUAUUCAUAUAACACCUAUUGACACAACAUCUAUCUCUUCCCCCCAGUAUCACCUUCUACUGCCCCUUUUCCAGGUAUAAAAAAUAUCUUAUUUUUUUCAUGUAAUGAUAAAGAAUGAAACGAAAAAAAUUUCAUUAAAUAGAUAAAGUAGUUCUCUAAAUGUUUGCUAAUAUGCAUACAAACAGAAUCGGGGGGAUAAAGUCAAAAACUUAAGAUAUGUCCUGGAUACUAAUAAUAUUAAUGUAUUUACAAAUUUAUAAUUUUAACUCUGUUAUUUUAAUGAAUGUAGAGGUAUUUAAAAGUAAGUUUUGAAAGUUGAAACCCUCUAAAGGCAUAUCAUUGAUACUAACGUCAUGCAUAUAUGCAUGUAUAAAACUUUAUCCCCCUAGCUUUCUAGAUCUAGUCUGUAGGGCGGAACAAAGCUAAAAUAUAUCCUCCAUCCCCAAAAUCAUAGUUAAAUUCAUAUUGAAAUUCAACCUGACUUAUUACCUCAGUCUGCCUACAGAACAAGUGCAAUUUCUGAUUUUGAACCCAUUUGGUCCUGACUCCUGAAGGAGCUGCUAAAAGUUUUUAAGUGUCCCUGGAAAGAAAUACAGUGCAUUUUGAAUAUAUUUUAUAAAAAUUUAAAUAUUUUUCUAAAGAAUUUAAUAAAACUAUAAUUAUAGGGAAAAAGUAUAUAAAUAAAAAAUUAAUUAAUUAAUUAAUGCGUCGCCUGGAGUAUUAUGAUAAGUUUAUUAUACAAAUGGUUUUGAAUUAAAAAAUUAUAUUUUUUUGAGUAUAAGGGUGAUUAGAAUCAUGUGGUAUUAUAGCAUCAGUUUGUGUAGAUUUCCUGUACACACUAAAAUCAAAUGUAUUGUUAAUUAUGGAAACUGUAAGAUCUAAGACAUAAUGUAAUAAUGUAACAUAAUAACAUAAUGUAACAUAAUAAUUUAAUGUAUUAUUUAUUUUUAUUGCAAGUAUAAAUUGAAUGUUUUUAUUUAUUUUGUUCCAUUAAAUAAACAUAAUUAUCAACAUGAGCUCAAUAUUAUCUAUUAUAUAGCCCAUAGAAAUAAUUUCAAUGUAAAUACUAUUAAAAAAAUUUCAUAAACAUUUUAAAAAAAAAAUAAUACACAACAAAAUAAUGUUGUUCACUAUUUUAGUAUGAAAUAUCAAAAUAAUAUGUCUAAUGAAUUCACUAAAAUUCUGAACAAUAAUACAAAUAUUGUAAAAAUUGCUUUUAAGACUAAUAUUAAUUUUAUCAAACUUAUAAACAAUAGAACUAAAAACUUCAUGAAAAAUCCCCCUUCUUAUGUGAAAAUGCUGGUAUAUAUAAACCUAAAUGUAACUAAUAAAUUUUAUGUACGGAAGACAAAUACAAAUUUUAAAAUAAGAUAAUAUAAAGAACACAUUUCUGAAAUAAAAUUAAAAAAGACUGUCCCAAAUUCAAAUUCCAGUAAACAUGAUUUAGAAAAUAAUCAUAAUAUAAACUUUGAUAUAAAUACAGACUUGGAGAAAUUAAAUACCCAAAACAACAUUUACAUUAAUUCAGUUUUAGAAAAAUUACACAUAUACAAUGAAAUAAGGAAAUAAAUUUUAAUAAUAUUUUAAAUGUAUAAUGCAAUUUUAAAAAUAAUAUCUCAUAUCUAUACAUUUUCAAUAAUAAAUAAUAACCAAAUAAUGUAUAUUUCUUAACAUAUGUAUGUCUAAUAAUAACCCAUUUUAAAUAAUCUAUCUUAUUAAAAUAAAUUAUUUCUAAUUUCUAUAUAGAACUACAUAUUUGUAUUUUUUUUUCUGUGUAUUCCUUCAUUUAAUCUUUUAUAUUCAGUUGUGUUUUACAUUUUGACUGUGAUAUACCAAAUGAUAAAUUUUUAAUUUAAAACCGGUUGUGUAAUACACUUAUUAUAAUACUCCAGGCGAUACAUUUAUUCAUCGUUUAUUUAUUUUUAUGUAUACAUUUUUAUUUAUAUUUUUUUUUUUACUAUAUCUAUUUAAGAGAAUUAACCAUUUUAAUAAUUUUGUUUUUACUUUAUUAUUUUAAAACUAUAAUACUGUAGGUAUAUUAAAUAUAUUUGUAGUCUACUAAAUUUUGAUCAACAUUUUAUCAAAAAAAUUAAUAAAAAAAUAAUUUUUUUUUAAAUUAAUUUAGAGUACUUAUAUAAUGGAAGAUGAAAUUUUAAACAAUUUACUUUGGACAUUGAAUGAAAAUGUAGUACUUUCUACUCAAUAUACAACAACAAAUCCUCUAUUAAUUUUCCCUUACAGUGUAUCAUUACAUUUUUCGAUAAAAAUGAAAAACGAAGAUUGUUUGUUUAACAAUUUAUGUAUACUUGAUAACUACUUAAACAUUGCAGUAAGAAUUGUUUUUAAUAUUUCUAACUUGUUAUAUAUUCAAAUUAUAUUCAUAUUAAAUUUUAGUAUAAAAUGUUGAAUGAAAAUAAUCUACAACCGGUGAUGAAUUUCGAAGAUUAUACAAAUAAUAAUUCACAAUGUUUUGAACUAAAUUAUUUUCUUGAAAUUAUUUUACAAAAUUAUGAAUAUAUUUCACAAUGUUUACCUAAUGAUUUUUUAAUAAAAUAUUGGGAGUUUAUGUUUAAUCCACAAAAAAAGAUGAAUGGUCAUUCAAAAAAAAUAUUGAGUUUAUGCUCCCCUGAGAAUUUAAUAAAAAUCAUUGACAUUUUAAAAACUAAAACAGUAAGUCUAAAUUUAUUAUAUAUAAAUUUGUAUAAUAAAUAUAAAUAAUUAUUAAUUAUGCAUUUGAAUUUUAUUUAUUAAUGAUUAGAUGGAAUUAUUUGAAAUAAAUGAAGAUGUGCAAUUUGAUUAUUAUUCAAUUAUUUGUCAAUUAUGGUCUGAAUUACUUACAAUAGAAUUUAUUAACAAGAAGAAAAAAAUUCGUAAAGAACUUGUGAAUCAUUUUUGUUUUAUUAUAAACAGAACUUUUAUUUUUAACUCAAAAAAGAUGGAAAGAGUAAAUGAAUUGAUUUUAUUGAUACAAUUAAUUUGUUCAUUACUAAAGUUAUCAUGGGUAAGAUAUUUAUUAAUAAACAUACCUACAUUCAGAGAGAAUAAACUUGAGAGUGUUGGAUAUAUGAUGAAAAUAGAUGAGUCAGAUGCUGUAAAGAGUAUUUUUAUGAGUGGAUGAAUAUAUUGACAGGGGAAGAAUAUUAAAAAGGAGAUGAUUACUAUGUAUACAUAUAUAAAUAUUUGUUCUUACAUAUUAGCGAGUGUAUCAAAGCGAGUGUGAUAAAUAGAUUAAGGUAGCUUAAAAUUUGGUUUUUUUGUUUUUAUGAAAAUGUAAAAUAUUUAUGUGCAGUUGAGGUACAGUUGCUCAUAAUACUAACUAUUUUUUGUGAUAUCUAAUUUUAUUUUUUUUAGAUAAACAAAACUAUGUUGAUGAAUUUUUCAUUUAGAAUUAUGAAUUUUUUUGAAAGUAUACAUGAAGAAAAAUUAUUAAAAGAAGUUGCAGAACUAUUAAUUGUUCUGUAUAAAUGUCCAAAUAACUCAAUAAAACCAUUAUUAGGAUUGUAUGUCAACACUUUUUCCAACUUUUUUAACCAAUGUUGGUCAGUUGCUAUAGAUGAAACAAGACCAUUGUUGAACUCUAAUUCAAAAAAUUUAUACGUACCUUUGCACAAACUAGAAUUGUAACUAAUUUAAUAAUCUUAAAUUGUCAUUGAAGAAUAUUUUUACUUAUGACAUUUAAUUUUUUUAUUAUUAUCAUUUAGAUGUUCAAGUUUAUUUAAACAAAAUAAAAAAGAUUUUGAAGUUAUUUGUCAAUAUUUUAUUGCAGACUUGAUUAAAAUUCUUGCAACACGAAAACAUCCAAAAGAAAAGUUUAUGGUAAGGUUAAAUUAUAAAUUAGAUUAUAAAUCACUAAUUUCAAAUUUACUAAUUUAUAGAGAUUUUUUUACAAAAUUCUAUUCAACUUGAUGGACAUUUGCUCCCCUGAGGAAAUGAGACAACUUAUGUUGAAUAUUCAAGGACCCUCUUUAUUGUUUUUAAAACAAGUGUACCAAGACUACCAAUUGCAUAUUAAAUUUACUGGAAGACUUUAAAGUAUCUAUUUUUGAAAUGCUUAUGUUUCUAUAUUUUUAAAAUGUGUGAAAAUAAUUUGUUUAU